AUGUCGACAAUUGAGGCUGGAAGCGCUCAGACGAACUUGAAUGGCGCGAAGGGCGGGAAUGGCAUGGCGAGUCUUGGCGGCGGAAACAAGAAGCAACUCAUCCUCAAUGCCUUUGCCAUGAACACGCCUGGUCACCUCUCUCCAGGGCUUUGGCGACAUCCCCGAAACAAAACAUACAACUAUAAGAAGCUGGGUUUCUGGACAGACCUUGCAAAACUCCUCGACGAAGCUGGGUUUCAUGCCUUGUUUCUUGCCGAUGUCCUCGGGGCUUAUGAUGUCUACAAAGGUCCUGCAAAUACAGGUCCCGCCCUGGAGUCUGGUGCCCAGUUUCCCGUCAACGACCCGUUGUACCUGGUACCUGCCCUGGCCGCUGUGACGAAGAACCUCGCAUUCGGAAUCACUGCCAGCACAACUUAUGAGCAACCAUAUUCUCUAGCAAGGCGCUUUUCGACAGUGGAUCAUUUGAGCAACGGGCGUGUGGCUUGGAACAUCGUGACCUCUUAUCUCGAUAGUGCAGCUCGUAAUUUUGGUCUGUCCCAGCAGGUUGAACACGAUGCGCGGUACGACUUAGCAGAGGAGUAUAUGGAAGUCUUGUAUAAGCUGUGGGAGGGAAGCUGGCGUGGGGAUGCUGUUGUGGCGGAUAUGGAGAGUGGUGUCUAUGCUUUAGGCGACCGGGUUCGACAGAUUAACCACCAGGGCAAGCACUUCAACGUGCCAGGUCCUCACAUUUGCGAGCCCUCUCCGCAGCGCACACCAUUCCUUUUUCAAGCUGGGACUUCCAAGAGCGGACGGGCAUUUGGUGCUAAGCACGCAGAAGUGAUAUUCGCCGGAGCACAACUGCCGGAAAAACUCAAACCUUCGGUUGAGGCCAUUCGUCAGUUGGCGCGUGAGGCUGGUCGAGAUCCCUAUCAUGUCAAGAUUGUUGCCAGCAUGUGUGUUAUCGUCGCCGAGACGGAUGAGGCUGCCCAACGCAAACAGGAGGAAUUCCUUUCUUAUGGCAAUCGAGAAGGAGCCCUCGCUCUGUUCGGCGGUUGGACUGGGGUGGAUCUUUCGACUUACUCGGAGGACGAAGAUUUCCGGUUUGUCAAGAUGCCUAUGAUCAACUCUAUCAUCAACGGAUGGGCAGACACUGUUCCGGGAAGUGAGAAUCUGAAAUGGAACAAGGCCCGUAUCGCUGAGUACUUGCUACUGGGAGGGAUGAAUGCGAAGAUUGUGGGGUCUCCCUCUACGGUGGCGGAUGAACUCGAACGUUGGGUAGAAGUGGCAGACGUGGAUGGGUUCAACUUGUCUCAUGUGGUGAAUCCUGGCUCUUUCGAAGACAUUAUUCAGUUUCUACUACCCGAACUUCGUGCCAGGGGUAUUUUCCGAGCUGGAAUCGAGAAGGAAGGGCUCACCGCCCGCGAGCAAUUCUUUGGAACACCGUCGUUGAUGAGUGACCACCCAGGGAGCAAGUUCAAAUGGGACGUCGGAGAUGAUAUACCCCGAUACUUGCAGGGGCAGUAG